AUGAAUCUUAAAUCUACCCAGGCAGACCUUGUCCAAAUCUCCGAGAAGCAAUCUGCCAGCGACAUCAACAGCCUCCCUGUUGAGCAACAUGGCACGCACGUCCAUCCUACCCCUACUUCUGAUCCUUUUGAUCCGCUCAACUGGCCCCGUUGGCAAAAGCAUGUGAUUCUAGGGAUUGUCAUGUUCAAGUACUUCCUUUUCACCUACAUCACGACCACCACUGUCCCCUCCUUCGCCGAAAUACAAUCACAGUAUGACAUCAGCUACUCGCAAGUCAACUGGACCGUCGCAAUCCCGGCGCUGGGCUUGUCGCUUGGACCACUAUUCUGGUCCUCCAUUGGCGACAUCUACGGCCGUCGCAUUGUCUUCAUUGUAGGAACUGUCAUCGCACUCGUAGCGACAGUUGGCGCUGCUGUAGCAGAUACAUAUGGGGGAUACAUGGCUGCUCGGUUCUUUCAAGGAUUCGGAGUCAGCCCUUCAUCAACGGUGGGAAUGGCAGUUGUCACUGAUCUCUUCUACGACUACGAACGCGGCCAGAAACUCGGACUAUGGGUACUUGCCCUAGAUUCAGGUUUACUUCUAGGUCCAACCUUCGGCGGGAUUCUCAACCUCGUCAGCGCACAAUGGAUCAACUGGUUCAACGCCAUUCUCUUCGCCGCGCUUCUACUCCUCGAGCUUACUAUCAUGCCUGAAACCCUCUACCCACGCGCGUUGAUGCUUCAACGCAUGGCAGCCACCGAGAAGCCAGCAGAAACGAAUGCAGGUAUAGAAGAAGCGGAGAUAAAACGCACCAAAUCACUGCCAUUCCUGAACCUCCGCCCCGUCCCAGGCCUUUCUCACCCGCCCAUAUAUGCCUCUUUCACCAGAUUCCUUCUUACCUUCCGCUUCCCAGUCAUCCCCGUGACGGUCCUCGGAUACUCAUUCACAUGGUACUGGUGGAUUCUGUCCGUGAUUACCAUGGUCCCGUCUGCAUAUGCAUCAGAUUCGCCUCUCAUCCAGGGCUUACUAUUCCUGGGCCUUUUGAUUGGGACCUUAGUAGCAGAGGUAAGCUGCUCGGGACGAUUAAGCGAUGCCAUCGUGGGGAGAUUAGCGAAGCGGAAUGGUGGGAUACGGGUCCCAGAGAUGCGCCUAUGGCUGGCAUAUCCAGCCAUUGUCUUAACUGCUGUCGGUUUAAUCCUCUGGGGCAUCAGCAUAGACAAAGCCUACCAUUGGAUGGUAGGACAAGUCGCGUUCUUCCUAUUCUCCGCCGGAAUCCAAAUCGGCAACACCGUAACAAGCAGCUACAUAAUCGACGCCUACCCACUCCAAUCCACCAGCGUGGUGAUUUUCUACGCUGUAUUCCUGAACCUCAGUGCGUUUGCUAAUCCAUUCUUCAUCGCCCAAUGGCAAGCCGCAAUCGGCUGGACCUGGACAUUCACCACCCAAGCCCUGAUCGUUGUGGCUGGUGGAAGUGGUGUGUUCAUUUCGCUGCAUGUGUUUGGGGCGGCGUGGAGAGCGAGGGGUGUGCCCGGGUGGGUGAAUCCGGAGUUUGAUUCUUAG